AUGGAAACCAGGGUCGCAGUGGUCACCGGAGGUAAUAGAGGAGUGGGGUUAGAGAUAUGCAGGCAACUCGCGAGCAAUGGAAUCCUUGUCGUGCUGACUGCUCGGGAUGAAGAGAAGGGCUGUCAAGCUGUCAAGGCACUACAUCAGUCUGGUCUUUCUGGUGUGACCUUCCAUCAGUUGGAUGUGAUCGACCGAUCGAGCAUUCUGCUGCUAGUGGAGUUUGUCAGAACCAAAUUUGGAAAGCUCGACAUUUUGGUGAAUAAUGCAGCCAUUGGAGGAACAACCAUUGAUCCUGAAAGAUUAAGUGAACUCUUAAAACAGGAUCCCAAGGCAAGUUCUCAACUCGAUUAUUUUCCACAGUUCAUCUCGAAUGAAGGGGUUAUAAAAGUGCUAAGUGACAUCGACAACCUAUCAGAUGAGAAGCUCAAGGACGUGUCUGGUAUGUUCUUGAAAGAUUUCAAGGAUGGCAAUCUAGAAGCAAAUGGCUGGCAACCAGUUACAUCAGCGUAUGCAGUGUCCAAAACGUUGGUCAAUGCCUACAGCAGGCUUCUGGCCAAGAAGCACCCAUUGCUGGAAGUGUGCUGCGUCAAUCCAGGUUUCGUGAAGACCGAUAUGAACUAUGGCAUGGGAUUAAUUUCAGCAGAGGAAGGAGCGAAAGCGCCAGUCAGAUUAGCAUUGCAGGAACUGCGUGGUCACUCGUGCCUCUACUUUGAGCAAUGUGAGAUUGCUGAAUUUUGA